AUGAACUGUAAGUCCUGGUACAAAGACAGACUGCCUUCCAAGUGCUUUGCAAAGUCCAAGGACAGGCUGAUGUUCCCCACCUUCCCAAGCUCUCGGAGUUGGGUGUUCGUGAGAGAGGGGCUGGACGACUUCAGGAGAGGUUGCCCAUCUUGUGAACAGAUGAUCACUCGGGGCUCUAAGGAGAGCUGUCUCCCCGUGAUUUAUCCCAAAACUCCCAGACCUGCCCCGAAAAGUUGUUGGAAGAAGCUGUCCAAGGAAUCAGCCCUGUUUUCCAAGCCCUCGCCAGCCCAGCUAGCAAGGAAGUCCUUCGUGGAGGACACGGAAGCCCAUCUGAGGCCUCAUCCCUUGGCUUCUGACCCGUAUCUGGAAGAUGAAAUGCCUGUAGAGCUCUUACAAAAGGUGCUGGAAGUGCUAGACCCUGACAAGAAGCUGGAGGAUGCCUGGGCUUAUUGUCAGGAUGGCAGGAAAAGAACGAAGCAACCCAAAGAGUUUUUAAAAAAGCGUUCUACGAAAAUCUGCCAGAGCUUUCCCAAGCUGACUUCUGCGGAAACUCCAGAGGACUGGCUUGAAGAAAUAAAGGCAAGCAUAGAGGACUUGCCUGAACCCCCUGAACCUGCAGAAAGAGUACCCGAAAAAAUUACUCGCUUCUGCAGAUGGGUUGCUUCUUACGGAUGUACCGAAGUUAAUGAAGACUACAUCCUGGAACUGUUUGACCCCGGCUGGGAAAACUGCCCACCAAAGUAUGGUCCAGCCACUAUAAAGGCUGUAAAAGACGUUCCUCCGGAAGUAAAGUACACCAAGGGAGUAAGACAACCGACACAACCAAGAUUAUCCUUACUGAUACCAGCCUUCGAAAAGAAACUCCAAGAACUACAGAUUCCUCAACCAAAGAAGCACGUGAAGAUGCGGUAUGGAGCAUGGUACCUGAAACCCAAGCUGUGGAAAAAGCUAAGGGAAGAUGAACCUUUGCUUGACCCCAAUGCCGAAAAUGAAGUUCCAAAUGCCUACUUUAGAAAGGACAGAAAGGAAUAUGACAUUCUUGCAGACCUUUAUGGAACAAUCGCCUUUAAGGAUUUCGUUCUACGCAAGGGUUGUAUAAUGCCAAGUUUAAUUGAAAGGGUGUUUAUGAAGAUGGGAUGGAAAUAUGAUACUACUAAGACUCCCACAAUACUAUCAAGAAGAACUAGCUUAACUGAGUCCUCAGAAGAGGAUUAG